AAAGUUCCAGGUCCAAAGUCAACAAACAGCCACAGUCUUGAGAUGAAGGAUCCUAUCAGCACCUGCUCCUAUAACCAACUCUAUCAAAAUGUGAAACAAUUUUCAAAAACCGGGGAGCUCUUCUGCAAAGAACUUAUGACCGUUUUUCAGCAAAGGGCUGAGCUGGAACUUACUUAUGCCAAAGGACUUCAAAAACUUGCUGGCAAACUCAUCAGGGCCUCCAAAGGAAUGUCAAAUAAUUCCACCUACAGUGCCUGGUGUCAUGUGUCAGAUGAGAUGUACUCAAGAGCAGAUGCCCACAGAUCAUUAGGAAAUGCAUUUCAGCAAGAAGCAAUCCUGGAAAUACGACAAGUCUUAGACGAGCAUAACAAGAGGAAGAGGCCUCUUGACAGCACCAUUGAAAGAACUGGAAAAACUGUUACGGCUAAUUGGAGCGAGCAACUUAAGAUAAAGAAGAAAUUGCUUGGAUUAACAAGAGAGCACGAGGCUCUGUUCAACUUUGUUGAGAACAACAGGCAAAUAUGCACAGAAAAAGAAAAACAAAAGAUGCUGAACAGGCUGACUAAGUCUGCAGAGACGCAGGCGCGGGUGGAUGAGGAGUACUUUAAUGUCAACAUGGAGGGUCAUCAGAUGAGACUCAAGUGGGAAAACACACUGAAAAACUGCUACCAGAUCACACAGGAGCUGGAGAAACAGCGAAUUGAAGUUCUUUGCAACCUCUUGAGUAGAUACAAGCUCCACAUGUCCAGCUUAGGGCAGACCCUCCAACAUGGCCAGAGACAGAUAGAACAGACAGUCCAAAGGGUGGACAUGGAUAAAGACAUACAAACCCUGGUGAGGGAAAACAGCAUCACAGCUGAAGAUCACAAAGCUGAGUUUUUGAUGGCUGAUUAUUUUGAGGAGGACAGCAAGUCACUGAUGGCUAAAGACCGAAGAAAAGAGGCCAUAAAACUCAAACUGCAGCGUCUGGAGGACUGUAUUACAAAAACUAAGAAAGACCGGGAAGGAAUUGAAAAAUUGAUGAGAACAUAUUCUGAAAAUCCAUCUUUUUCAAACCAAAAGAACCUUGAGGAAACUGAACUGCAGAUUGAUGAGAGUACUCUAAAACUGGAUCUCCUUGAAGCCACUUGCUACAAACUCUCUAUAUCCAUGUCUGAAUUAGAGGGGAAGCCCAAGACCUUUCACCGAUUUAGUGAAAGCAUCGUAAAAUGGAAAGAUAAGGACUGUGAGCACAGCAUUGUUCAACUGACUCGGCCAGUCAAACUCCGGAGGACCCCAUUCAGAUCCCGACAAUCACUGAGAGCGUCCAUCAUCUACAAAGGGCCGGUUCAGCUCGUGACACAACUCAAGUCGGAGGAGGCUUCGCCGAGUGCCAACGACCAGGUCCCUCCACCAGCUGGGACACAUGAACCAGCAGCCGUGGCGUGUGGCAGCACUGUGAAUGGUCAGCUGCCUCACAAUGAUGAUGAUGAUGGCAAAAUACAAGCUCAAAUACCACCGGAGCUGUGCAGUAUCGGACAAUGCAAGGCCCUGUACGAUUUCACACCAGAACAGGACGAUGAGCUCACCUUGAAAGAAGGAGAUCUUCUUGACAUUUACGGAAAGGAAGAGAAUGGUUGGUGGUUUGGCAAACUUAACGGGAAGAGAGGCCAUUUCCCUUCAACCUACGUUGAGGAGCUGCCUCUGUUGAGCAGCGUCAAAUCAUCUGAUGCCUGACACAAUUUAUCUACAACAAAUU